CCAAGUUCUUGAGAUUAUUGAAGUCCUACGCUAACGCGCAAAACAGGGCUGGAUGAGUAAGGAGAGAGCCGAACAUCUGUCCCACCCGCAUACCUCCACAGGGAACAUAAUCCGGAUCCGCGAGUGGUUGCUCUGAUCCACCGGCAGCCGGGCACAUCCGCUGUCGCCUUCUUCCAGUUUCCAAUACCGGGCUAGGGUAGCCAUGACAAAAGAGGGGUUCCUGGCCACCUAGCGGAAUUGUUUCGGCAGGGUUAGAUGGGGAAAGAUUCCAAGCGAUUGCGCCUCCAGACCACCGGGGAGAGCCGAUGCAUGUCUUACUGUGAAUAGAUUGUCUCACCGGAGCGCCAUAAUCUGCGCACAGUGCAGCGUCUCGCCCGCAGGCCCAGCAUCAUGGCGUCGGCAUCCGGCAUCAACAAUGGCACCACCAACGGCACCAAGCUCGUGGUAGUCGUGGGGGCAACCGGCAACCAGGGCGGCUCGGUGGCCCGGCGCUUUCUCCAGGACCCUCGCUAUGCCGUCCGCGGCCUGACCCGCGACCAGUCCUCGGCGGCAGCACAGGAGCUGGCUAUGCUCGGAGUCGAGACGGUCCGGGCGGAUCUCGACGACGUCGAGUCCCUCAAGGCGGCGUUUGCCGGCGCCAAUGUGAUCUUCAGCGUCACCAACUAUUGGGAACCCUUCUUCCGGCCAGACUGCCGCGCCAAGGCGCAGGAACUCGGCAUCAGCUGCCGCAAGUAUGCCUACGACAUCGAGUAUCAGCAGGGAAAAAACAUUGUCGAUGCUGCGGCGACAGUAGUUGACUCGCUCGACGACAACGGUUUCCUGGUUUCGACGCUGAGCCAAGCGGCCAAGUGCAGCAACGGCAGGUUCAAGGACCUGUACCACUACGACGCAAAGGCCGAUAUCUUUCCCGAUUAUGUGGCGGCGACGCACCCCAGGCUGGCGGCCAAGAUGUCCUGCAUCCAGACGGGCUUUUUCACGACGAGCCACAAGAUUCUGCCCGAUUCCUACUUUAGGAAGCUGGAUGACGGCACAUUCGAAAUGCGCUUCCCUUGCCGCCCAGACAAGCCCAUCCCGCACCUCGACGUCAACGCCGACACGGGUAACUUCGUCUACGCAGUGCAUCAGAGGCCGCCCGGCAAGCACUACAUGGCCGGCGAGUACCUCAGCUGGGCCGAAUUCGCGAAGACGUGGGCCAGAAUCACAGGCGCUUCGAUUCGCUAUAAGGAGGUCAGCUUUGACGACAUGGUGAAUGAGGUGGGCGACCGGGAUCUCGGUGUGGAAGUGGCCUUGAUGUUCCUCUACAGCUCCGACCCGGGCUACGACGGGGGUAUGGACCUGCUCAAGGCCGAGGACCUGCGCAAGGCGGGCAUUGACUGCCCUAUGCUUACCGUCGAGGAGUCACUGGCCCGACAGGAGUGGACUGCGGUGAUAAACAAGGGGACUGCGCGGUGAUGAUUUCGACUUGUGUGUGUAUUAUCAGCGUCAGCUAAGAGGUAGGUAUAGAA